AUGGCUCCGUCUGGCAAUGCUCUGCUAUGCCUGCUGGCACUCGCCGCCACUGCGGUCGCGAGCCCUCUGCAGGCUGCUCCGACACCUGUCGCCGGGGUUGUAGACACCGUGAAAGACAUCGUGGACCACGCCUUGGGCGCCUUGAACCCCGCCACGACCGUCGCGGAGAAGGCUGCGAUGGUGACCCCCACGGACGGCGCAAACGCGCAGUGGGCCGGUGAGAUGACCAUCACGCUUCAGAACCGCCACGAGCGUGGCAUCAAGACGCGCCAUGUCGUGGGCUAUGGAGCGCCCGCUCCCCACGGAAACCCAGGGACCGGCGUCAUCCCCAAGAAUGGGGAGUCUGUGUUCACUGUUCCCCGAGGCUGGAACGGCAACGUUGUCAUCAACGACGAGAACUAUCCCGUCGACACUGGUGACGAGUCACAGCUUGAGGGUAGCUUCAUGAACCAGGGCCAGGGCGAGCGAGGCGACAUCAACGUCAGCUACGUCAACGGCUACUCCGUCCCCAUUGUCUGCAGAUGCAACGAGAACAACAUCUGGACUGGGUGCAGCAAGAACCUGUGGAACUACGGAAAGUGCCCUAACGACAACUGGAAGCACUCGUGCCGCAACGACGCGCGCAACAACGGCUGGAACACCCAGCCCGCCGCCUUCUUCACGCCGUGCCGCGGAGACGGCGGUGCCUACACCUUCCCUGCCGACGACAAGGCCAACAACCUCAACGCCAAGUGCUCUCAGGAGCGGUACACGUGCUGCGCCGGCUACUUCUGCCCGGCGAACCCGGCUGAGGGCGGCUUCCACUAA